AUGUUUUGCUGUUUUCCACCUUUGAGAAGGCCCAGUAUAACUACGCAGAACGACGAGAAGAAACCGCUUAUAAAAAGUAACACUACCACUAUUAACUAUCGUACAAUAUUCGCAAUUCCAUAUGCUCAUGUUAUUCGAGAUGAUGAAAUUCAAAUUGAAUCAUCGAAUGUAAUGGACACAAAUGGUAAUGAUGCUUAUCUUUUGUUCAACGCUACAAUAUCUGAUCAAACUUAUGAAACAGCAUGUGUUUCAUUCGAUGAUAACGAUGUAGCAACUCCUGUUGUAUUUACAACAACAACUGCUAAUCCACAUUUUCUAUUUGAACGUCUUUUCCAAGUCGAUCAUGUCACUGCUAUUAAUCCUUCUUCAACAAUUCGAAUGCAUCAAAUUAAUUCAGCAAAAACAAAAUUUUCCAAUACUAUACCAAUGGCUCAACCAUUCGAUGAAUUUGCUAUAAGUUCAACAAUACCAAAUAAUCCUCAUGAUAUAAUAACCAAAACAGACAAAAAUUAA